AUGCGCACAGCGGCAGCCCGCCAUGUCGGACAAGAUGGCGGCGGCCGCGGCAUCCCCUCAGCCGCAGCCCGGGCCCGGUCCGCCGGCGGCGGAGGAGGAUGGCGGCGGCCCGCGGGGCUGCGGAGCGGACGGGGAGGCGGAGGCGGAGGAGUUCGGGUGCCCGGCUCACUGCUCCGACCUGGCCUGGCGGCAGAACGAGCAGCGCCGCCACGGCCUGUACUGCGACAUCACUCUGGCGUUCUGCGGGGGGCGGCCCGGCCCGGCCCGUGAGUACCGCGCUCACCGCUCCGUGCUGGCGGCCGCCACCGAGUACUUCACGCCGCUGCUGUCCGGGGGCUUCGCCGAGUCGCGCUCGGGCCGCGUGGAGCUGCAGAAAUGGAGCUCGGAGGGCGGCCCCGACCCCGACACGGUGGAGGCCGUCAUCGGCUUCAUGUACACCGGCGCCAUCCGCGUCAGCCCCGGCAACGUGCACGAGGUGCUGGAGAUGGCCGACAGGUUCCUGCUGACCCGGCUGAAGGAAUUCUGCGGGGAGUUCCUCAAGAAGAAGCUGAAUCUGUCCAACUGCGUGGCCGUGCACAGCCUGGCGCACAUGUACUCGCUGAGCCAGCUGGCGCUGCGGGCGCAGGACAUGAUCCGCAGGAACUUCCACAGGGUCAUCCAGGACGAGGAGUUCUACACGCUGCCCUUCCACCUCGUCAGGGACUGGCUGUCUGACCCGGAGAUCACGGUGGACUCAGAAGAAAUCCUCUUUGAGACCAUCCUGAAGUGGGUGCAGAGGAGCCCCGAGGAAAGAGAGAGGUACUUUGAGGAGCUGUUUAAGCUGCUGAGGCUGUCGCAGAUGAAGCCCACGUACCUGACGCGCCACGUCAAAGCCGAGAGGUUGGUGUCCAGCAACGAGGCCUGUGUCAAACUGGUGUCGGACGCCGUGGAGAGUCACGCCCUGAGGUCUGAGAACCUGCAGUCCGGUAACCUGCAGCAUCCCACCUGCCCUGCCGCGCUGCUGCCACGGUUCGGACAAAACAUGGAUGUGAUUAUGGUGAUCGGAGGCGUGUCGGAGGGAGGAGAUUAUCUGAGUGAGUGCGUGGGGUAUUUCAUCGAUGAAGAUAGGUGGGUAAACCUGCCGCACAUACACAACCACCUCGACGGGCACGCUGUGGCUGUGACAGAGUCGUAUGUUUAUGUGGCUGGCUCCAUGGAACCGGGAUUUGCGAAGACUGUAGAAAGGUAUAACCCAAACCGAAACAUCUGGGAGCAGGUCUCAAAUUUAAUAACCAGAAAACACUCAUUUGGCCUCACCGAAGUUAAAGGAAACUUGUACAGUAUCGGUGGACAUGGCAAUUUCAGUCCUGGCUUUAAAGAUGUAGCUGUGUAUAAUCCCGAGCAGGACAAAUGGCACAACCUGGAGUCAGCACCAAAGAUCCUUCGUGAUGUCAAAGCUGUUUCUGUAGAAGACCGGUUUGUUUAUGUUGCUGCUCGUACCCCGGUUGACAGUGAUAGUGAAGAUGGAUUGAGGGCAGUUAUUAUCAGAUACGAUGCUGAUACAAGGCAGUGGCAGGACGUAGAGUCUCUGCCGCUCAUUGAUAAUUAUUGCUCUUUUCAGAUGUCAGUUGCAAACACAAACUUCUACCAUACGGCAUCCUGCUGCCCCAAGAGUUACCCCAUAGAUAACGAGGAAGCCAAGGUAAAGAUCUCUGGCAGGGCCUCAGAUGAGAUACUUGAAAGUUUACCCCCAGAGGUCCUUAGCAUUGAAGGGGCAGCCAUUUGUUAUUAUAAAGACGAUGUUUUCAUCAUCGGGGGGUGGAAGAACAGUGAUGAUAUUGACAAGCAGUACAGGAAAGAGGCCUAUCGCUACUGUGCUGAGAGAAAGCGCUGGAUGCUUUUGCCCCCCAUGCCUCAGCCUCGCUGCAGGGCAACAGCCUGCCACGUGAGGAUCCCCUUCAGGUGCCUGCAGGGCACACAGAGGUAUCCCAUGCCACAAAACCUGAUGUGGCAGAAAGACAGAAUUAGACAAAUGCAGGAAAGACAGAUGCAGGAAAUACACCGACACUCUCUGAGCUUACGAAGGAUGCCACGCUCACAGAUUGAGUGCUGAGUUCUGGGCUGUUGCUCUUAUGAAGGUAGUUUAGGAAAUACUGUGCUAAACCAUUUUGCAAGGCCUUUUAUGUCUUUAUAAGGCAUCGGGAUUAGGUUUGAAAGGUAAAAGUGGCAUCUUUUAUGUACUUAAAAUUACAAAGAUGAGAAAUUGAGGAUGAACAGGAAUUGAGAACCUGAAUCCAACAAUACUGCUUAACAGUGCCCAGGAAAAACCCACUUUCCUGUACCAGACCAAGACACAGAUCUUUGUUUUCAAGGAUUUCUGUAGGGUUAAGUCUCUUAUUACAGUUCUCCUUUGAAAAUCAGAGAACUCUCUCUAAUAAUUCAGUGGUUACAUUUGUGUGUGCUGAAAGCACCUGCUUUAUUUGCACUUAAUAUGUUGACAUUCCUUUGAUUCUCCUUCUCAGUGACUAAACUCCACAUGUAAUUGAUGUUAGUGUACUUGGCUUUCUCAAGUUGGAGGCGAGUGCAAUAGUUGGUAACUACAUACGGAAAUGAAAGCACAAUCUCUCUUUGUAGAGUAACUUCAGGAUGUUUCUAUGUCUAUUAAAUGUUUUGUGUCUGUAUGUUGUAGAGAGGCUGCAGAGUUCAUUUGGGAAUGGUUGAUUGGGAGAACAUCAGACGCUUUGCAGGGCGUUGCAUAGUUUGAGCUGUGAAGGAGCUGUGUUGUGUCUGGUUCCUGAGAUAAUUCUCCGGUGCUUUUGACGUGGGCAGCUUCUUUUAGACCGGUCUUCUAAGCAGCUUUUGCUUUUUGUUUUGUUGUGUUUCUUUCUGUUUUGUAUUGUUUAGCUUUCUGAACUGAUACUUCUCAUUUUCCAAUUCAGCAGGCAACCUAGAUCAUAUCUGACACACUGGGUAAGGGUAAGUCUCUCGAUCUCAUAACGUGUACAGGUUUCUGUGGUGUGUAAUAUCCUUAAUGCUCCACUUAGUUUACCUGCCACUUUGACAUCAAUAACUGGUCUUUUUGCAAUGGGAGAAUAACCCAGCCUUCUAAAAAUGAUCUUGAAAAUCUAACGGUUUGUUUCAAAUUACUUCUCAGUGUUAACCAUCCUUUAUUUGAUUUGCCUGUUAGAUUCUGUGCAGUGGCAGAUUAAAUUGUGCAGUUCUGGUUUAAUGCAAGAGAGGGAAUGGUUGAACUUACUCACAUUUCAGGCUGGUGUUCAGUAAUGAGCGUUGCCAAAUCAGCUCGUGCAGGCCCUUAAGGAAGGGGUUAAUCCAUGGGGUUUGGCUCUGAGCUCUUGCAGGUUUGGCUGGAGUAGGUUACGAAUUACUGCUUCUGCAGGAGGGUUUGUGAGUAGACUGUGUGCAAAUCCCUCUAAGCAAAACUGCUGUCUGCACUCAUCAGGACUUCAGUCUGCCAUACAGGCUAUCUCGUUUCCUAAAGACAUUCCGCUCAAAAACACCAGAACAGCCAAAUAUCUGAGCAGUUUAACCUGUGAAUGCCAGCCAUGGUUCUGUAUGUGAUGCACUGUAUUUGUGUUCUGUUUGCAUGGGGAGUGAUGGCACUGCGGACAGCACUGGUUUGCUCUAACUUAUGCAAGGCCAGUGCUGUGGAAUUUGUAAGUGUUUGGAUUUUUAUAGCCUUGGCUGUAAGUGGACCAACAUUAUACAGUGUUUAACUGACAAGUCUUAACUAUCUGUUGCCUCACCUGUAGGUGCUGAGGAGUUGAAUCUGGCUGUAAUUUAGCUCACUAACCUGUGAAUUGUGUAACAAAUGCAUUCUGGCCCCUGACUGCUGUAGCUUGCUGAGUCUUCGUUUAAAAAAACCCUAUAAGCCACAGCAUGGGAAUCCUUUUGUGUGUGUGUGGUGGGUAGUUAAACGUCAGUAAGAUCCUAGUGUGUGUUAAGCACUUCAAGGCUGAUUUCUGUCCUUGCAAAGGAACAUCAGGUGGUUUUCUUCCUCCCUAAGACAAUCAUUCCUCUAUAGCUGUACUGAACACGUGCUGCAGAAUGCAUGUUUCACAUCCUGUGUCUGCUCAAGGGAUUAGUGAAGUAGGACACGUGCUGCCUAGCACUGCGUGCUCCCUGCAGUCAUUUCUAGGUAGGUGCCAUAUAUGUACAUACUGUUUUAUAAGGACUUGGAUAUCUGUUACUAUGCUAGUUUUGUAUAUAUUUUUAUUAAGAUUUCCCCACACACAGUAGGGUGUUCCUCCAGAAAUAGAGAAAACAUGCCAAUUUUCCAGCAUGCUUUAUAAAAAAUUGUCCUAGGUUGAUCGCUGUCAACAAAUGGGGUCGCAAAGAGUAGCGACUCUUAGGUUAUUUUUACCACAGCAUUGUAAUCCUGCCUUGUUACUCAUUGGGCUUAAACUGUGGGAUGGCUCGGAUCUAUUUUCAGCUGCGCCCAGAUAUGAGCGGUGUCUCCAGUCUGAAGUGGAUGUCUGAUAAAACAGGUGCUUCUGAGGAUCUAAUCCUAUCACUAAUAUGAAUGUAAAGCGUGGAGCUACUGAGAUGUUUGAACACCAUUAAUAGUAAGAUACUCCUCGUAGGUCCGUGUCGCUGUGGAUCACGGCAGCUGUGCUCCCCUCAGUGUUAAUGUAGACUUGAAGAGAAUGCUUGGGCAAGCAGCACUCCUGUACUUAACUUCCAGUAAGGUAAAGUAGUAUCUGUGUUGGAAGCACUCCCACUGUAAUGUUCUUCACAUAAAAUACACUGUAAUGGUAGGGUUUAUUGUAAGAAGUGAACUAAUGGAAAUAAACCUUCUAUUUCUCUAGCA